UUCUGUCAAAAUGUAACUGUCACUAAAAUUUUGGCUUAAAAAAUCAGCUGGUAUCACAAACAUCUAAAAGGUUAACACAUUGAAAAUGGUUCGCAUUACAACAAUCCUUCGUCGUGUUCCAGUAAUUAAAUUCCGCAAAGGAGGAAUAGGGCAACCUGGGGCUCCCGCGGCAGCGGCACCCUCGGGAGCACCGGCAACGGCCUCACUUCAAACGCCUGUUCAAGCUCAACCAAGCGCAGCAAUGAGUACUGGCCCUAUAUCAGAUAUUGAUUUACCUCCUCGCUACAGAAGACUACCACUCUCACAAGAAGAGAUUGAUCACAUCAAUGGCGGUGGAGUUGUUUAGUGCACACAGUUACUUUUUGUAGAUUUAAAACUUAGUAGAACUAUCUACUAUUGUCUAUUUUUUUUAGUUGUAGCAAGUUAUUUAUUGUUAUGGUAGAAAUAUAAUUUUACUUGUAUGUAUGAAAGCAUUUAUAAAUUGAAUUAAUUUUCAUUUGCAAACCUUAUUAAUUGAAGGAAGUAUUAUUUAUUGGUAUGUUGGCUAUUCUGCCAUUUGUUUAAUAUUGUGGAAAACUAUAACUUUAAAAUAAAUUUUUAUUAUUAA